GGGGCGAGAGGCAUGUUUAUAACUGGAAUGACACGGCAGUAACGAUAUGUCGUGGGUUUGAGUGUGUGUGUGUGUGUGUGAGAGAGAGAGAGAGUGUGUGUGUCGGUGCACUUAGGAACCCAGAGGAAAGUUCACAAUGGUUGUAGUUAUCGAGAGUAAGGACGCUUUCGAAGCAGCCCUAAAAAAUGCAGGGGACAAAUUGGUGGUAGUGGACUUCACAGCCACAUGGUGCGGCCCCUGCCAAAUGAUUGGCCCCAUCUUUAAAGCUCUGUCUGAAAUGCCACAGUAUAAGGAUGUGGUCUUUCUGAAGGUGGAUGUGGACGAUGUACAGGAUGUAGCCAGUGCUUGUGGGAUCAGAUGCAUGCCAACUUUCCACUUCUACAAGGGGGGGAAAAAGGUGGAGGAGUUUUCUGGGGCCAACAAAGAGACACUGGAAAAAACAAUCAAUAAACAUAAAUGAAAAAAUAAAACCCCAUACGCCCCCUGCACACACACACACACACACACACACACAAAAUCCAAAAUAGGUUUUAACUCCCUUGUUGGAAGCUUUACAGUAAGCUUAUAAUUCCAUAUAUCCCUUGCAAAAUUAUUGACAUGUUUUGUACUGCUUGCCAGAAAAGGCUUAUGUGUGUUUUCUUUUUAAUAUGAUGUAUUCAAUAAAACACAGAAAUGAUUUUAACUGAGUAACA